CGGAAACUUAAGAGACAAAGUUCGGAGCCCCGCCCCCCGCCGCGCUGCCCCGCCGUCAGGCCCCGUGGACCCUCGACCGGACAGAUCGCCUCGACUAAUCUACCCGCUCUCGCGAGCGCCAUGUCGGGUUCCUCCAGCGUUGCCGCUAUGAAGAAAGUGGUUCAACAGCUCCGGCUGGAAGCCGGGCUGAACCGCGUGAAGGUUUCCCAGGCAGCUGCAGAUUUGAAACAAUUCUGUCUGCAGAAUGCUCAACACGACCCCCUGCUGACUGGAGUAUCUUCAAGUACAAAUCCCUUCAGACCCCAGAAAGUCUGUUCCUUUUUGUAGUAAAACGAAUCUUUGAAUGGUUUUCUAAGCCAUUUUUCAUAAACCAGUGCAUAUUCAAAGGAGAACUAAAUUUGGAGGCUGUACGAAAGCUUAUCCCUGUAACACGUGCCAUACUAUAUAAACUUCUACUUUUGUCAGUCCUUAACAUCUACCUCUCUGAAUUUUCAUAAAUUUCUAUUUCCCAAGGGUAAUUAUUUUAUAUACACUGGCAGCCGCAUACAAUAAAGUACUUAGUGUAAAAGGUUUUGGUUAA